UACACAAUAGUGAAGAAGACAUCUGGUGAGUGUGAGACACCCAGCAGCCAUCCCCGUGUGUCAGGAGGACUAAGCAGGACGUAGAGCCCCAUCACAGUGCCUCCACCUCACUCACUGAUACAUGAGAGACACAAUGACUAGAAGAUCCUGGAACUCACCAACAAGAUCAUUCAGCUGCUGACUGGAGAGGGAGGAGGAGUGUAUAGAGGAACACAGGGGUCUGUACAAGGACGUGAUGAUGGAGAAUCACCGGCCCCUCACAUCUCUGGAUGGACCCAUUAACAGAGAUACCCCAGAGAGAUGUCCCCGUCCUCUGUAUUCCCAGGAUUGUACAGAGGAGAAUCACGGGAUCCCACAGGAGGAUCAGGUAGAACGUCUGUCUGAUAUUAAAAUAGAAGAUAUAGAGGGAGAAGAAGAGACGUAUGUGACUGAUAUAAAGGCAGAAGAUAUAGAGGGAGAAGAAGAGACAUAUGUGACUGAUAUAAAGGCAGAAGAUAUAGAGGGAAGAGAAGAGACGUAUGUGACUGAUAUAAAGGCAGAAGAUAUGGAGGGAGAAGAAGAGACGUAUGUGACUGAUAUAAAGGCAGAAGAUAUAGAGGGAGAAGAAGAGACGUAUGUGACUGAUAUAAAGGCAGAAGAUAUAGAGGGAGAAGAAGAUACGUAUGUGACUGAUAUGAAGGCAGAAGAUAUAGAGGGAGAAGAAGAGACGUAUGUGACUGAUAUAAAGGCAGAAGAUAUAGAGGGAGAAGAAGAGACGUAUGUGACUGAUAUAAAGGCAGAAGAUAUAGAGAGAGAAGAAGAGACGUAUGUGACUGAUAUAAAGGCAGAAGAUAUAGAGGAAGAAGAAGAGACGUUUGUUACUGAUAUAAAGGCAGAAGAUACAGAGGAAGAAGAAGAGACGUAUGUGACUGAUAUAAAGGCAGAAGAUAUAAAGAGAGAAGAAGAGACGUAUGUGACUGAUAUAAAUGCAGAAGAUAUAGAGGGAGAAGAAGAGACGUAUGUGACUGAUAUGAAGGCAGAAGAUACAGAGGGAGAAGAAGAGACGUAUGUGUCUGAUAUAAAGACAGAAGAUACAGAGGGAGAAGAAGAGACGUAUGUGACUGAUAUAAAGGCAGAAGAUACAGAGGGAGAAGAAGAGACGUAUGUGAGGGGUGAUCAGCAGUGUAAGGAGGAGGAAAUCCCUACAGAUAUCAGCACAGCAGAUGGACACACAAGCAGGAAUAUCUCAGAAGGAAAUCUAAUGUUAUCCCCGGAUUGUGACAUAAAAGAUUAUGACAGUAGACAGGAUUCUCCAGGAGAUAACCCCAUUACCCCAAUUGUAUAUCCAGCUCUAUCAGCUAAUCCCUCUGAUCCUGGGAAAUGUUCUCCUGAUCACUCUGAUAUUGGUGCAUCUGUUACAGCUCUGACAGUAGAUACAGUGUUUCCGUGUUCUAUAGAUGCCAAAUGUUUUACACAGAACACAAAGCUUAUUACCCAUCAGACAGGUAAGGCAGGUGAGAGGCCAUUUCCAUGUUCUAAGUGUGGGAAAUGUUUUGCUCAGAAAUUAUCUCUUGUUAUACAUGAGAGAAGUCACACAGGUGAGAAGCCAUUUUCAUGUUCUGAGUGUGGGAAAUGUUUUACAUCCAAAUCAUAUUUUGUUAUACAUCAGAAAACUCACAUAGGUGAGAGUCCAUUUACAUGUUCUGAGUGUGGGAAAUGUUUUACACGUAAAUCACAUCUUGUUCAACAUGAGAGAAGUCACACCGGUGAGAAGCCAUUUUCAUGUUCUGAGUGUGGGAAAUGUUUUACACGGAAAUCACAUCUUGUUCAACAUGAGAGAAGUCACACCGGAGAGAAGCCAUUUUCAUGUUCUGAAUGUGGAAAACGUUUUUCACACAAGUCUUGUCUUGUUAUACAUGAGAGAAAUCACACCGGAGAGGGGCCAAUUUCAUGUUCUGAGUGUGGGAAAUGUUUUGCACAGAAAUCAACUCUUGUUAGACAUGAGAGAAGUCACACCGGAGAGAAGCCAUUUACAUGUUCUGAGUGUGGGAAAUGUUUUUCACUAAAAUCAAAUCUUGUUCAACAUGAAAGAAGUCACACUGGAGAGAAGCCAUUUUCUUGUUCUGAGUGUGGAAAAGGUUUUUCACACAAGUCAUAUCUUGUUAUACAUGAGAGAAGUCACACCGGAGAGAAGCCAUUUUCAUGUUCUGAGUGUGGAAAAGGUUUUUCACACAAGUCAUAUCUUGUUAUACAUGAGAGAAGUCACACAGGUGAGAAGCCAUUUGCAUGUUCUGAGUGUGGAAAAGGUUUUUCACACAAGUCCUAUCUUGUUAGACAUGAAAGAAGUCACACAAGUGAGAAGCCAUUUUCAUGUUCUGAGUGUGGCAAAUGUUUUAUACGGAAAUCACAUCUUGUUAGACAUGAGAGAAGUCACACAGGUGAGAAGCCAUUUUCAUGUACUGAGUGUGGGAAAGGGUUUAUACAGAAAUCACAUCUUGUUAGACAUGAGAGAAGUCACACUGGAGAGAAGCCAUUUUCAUGUUCUGAGUGUGGGAAAGGUUUUAUACGGAAAUCACAUCUUGUUCAACAUGAGAGAACUCACACAGGUGAGAGGCCAUUUCCAUGUUCUGAGUGUGGGAAAUGUUUUACACAAAAUUCACAACUUGUUACACAUCAGCAAAGUCACACAGGUGAGAAGCCAUUUCCAUGUUCUGAGUGUGGGAAAUGUUUUGUAUCGAAAUCACAUCUUGUUAUACAUAACAGAAGUCACACAGGUGAGAAGCCAUUUUCUUGCUCUGAGUGUUGGAAAUGUUUUACAUGGAAAUCACAACUUGUUACACAUCAGAAAAGUCACACAGGUGAGAAGGCAUUUCCAUGUUCUGAGUGUGGGAAAUGUUUUACACACAAAUCAGAUCUUGUUAUACAUCACAGAAGUCACACCGGUGAAAAGCUGUUCUCUUGCUCUGAGUGCGGGAAAUGUUUUCCACGGAAAUCACAUCUUGUUAGACAUCGCAGAAGUCACACAGGUGAGAAGCCAUUUUCUUGCUCUGAGUGCGGGAAAUGUUUUUCACGGAAAUCACAUCUUGUUAGACAUCAGAAAAGCCACACAGGUGAGAAGCCAUUUCCGUGUUCUGAGUGUGGGAAAUAUUUUUCACGGAAAUCACAUCUUGUUAGACAUCACAGAAGUCACACAGGUGAGAAACCAUUUUCUUGCUGUGAGUGUGGGAAAUGUUUUACACGGAAAUCAGAUCUUGUUAUACAUCACAGAAGUCACACAGGUGAGAAGCCAUUUCCAUGUUCUGAGUGUGGGAAAUGUUUUGCACAGAAAUUAGAUCUUGUUAUACAUCACAGAAGUCACACAGGUGAGAAGCCAUUUCCAUGUUCUGAGUGUGGGAAAUGUUUUACACACAAAUCAGAUCUUGAUGUACAUCACAGAAGUCACACAGGUGAGAAGCCAUUUCCAUGUUCUGAGUGUGGGAAAUGUUUUGCACAGAAAUCAGAUCUUGUUAUACAUCACAGAAGUCACACAGGUGAGAAGCCAUUUUCUUGCUCUGAGUGUGGGAAAUGUUUUACAAAGAAAUCAUAUCUUCUUACACAUCAGAGAUGUCACACAGGAGAGAAGCCAUUUUCUUGCUGUGAGUGUGGGAAAUAUUUUACACGGAAAUCCCAACUUGUUACACAUCAGCAAAGUCACACAGGUGAGAAGCCAUUUCCAUGUUCUGAGUGUGGGAAAUGUUUUGCACAGAAAUCAGAUCUUGUUAUACAUCACAGAAGUCACACAGGUGAGAAGCCAUUUUCUUGUUCUGAGUGCGGGAAAUGUUUUACAAAUAAAUCACAUCUUGUUAGACAUCAGCGAACUCACACAGGUGAGAGGCCAUUUCUAUACUCUGAGAAAUAAAUCAGCUCUUGCACACAAUAAACAUCACUCAGGUGAGGAACCAUUUUAAUCUUCCUGAGUAUUCUCAUCAUUGCCAUGCGUUGUUCUUCAAGGUUCUUAUCCUAUCUCCUAUGCUUUUUGCAAUAUACAUGUUACCACUGGGUGAAAUUAUCAGAUGGCAUGCCAUCCUCUACCACUGCUACGCCGAUGACCUGUCUUUUGCGCCAGGUACUGAGAACCCAGUAACAAUCCUAAAUGGUUGUCUAGCUGAGCUCCAAGUGUGGAUAAUGCCAGUUGAUUGUGACUCAGUCCUGGUGAAACAGGUCCUUGUGAUAGAAGCUCACCAACAAAGGGCAGGGCUACAGCUCAGCUUUGCAAACCAACUAGACUUGCGCUUGGGGGUUCAGAGUUACAAAAUGCUGAUCCUGUGUGGAAUCUUGGUGUCCUGGAUGGUGGAGUGACACUUAGACAUCGGUAUCUGCCACAAUCAGAUCCUCAUCUGAGGAACAUAGCCAGACUCCAGCACUUUAUUCCCGCAGAAGAUCUACCUACAGUCAUACGUGUACUUGUAUCAUCACGCAUAGACAACUGCAAUGUCCUCUACCUGGGUCUCCCAGCAAAAGAAUUGCACCGCUUGUAGCUUGUACAGAAUGCAGCAGCCAGGCUGUUACCUAACCAGCCCAUUCCUGCCACAUAACACCCAUUCUCUGCUCCCUUCACCGGCUGCCUGUAAGAUGGUGACUCUAUUACAUAAUCUUACUGACUCUCCCAGCCCUACAUGACCAGGGUCCAUGGUACCAGAAGCAGCUUCUGCCUCCUUACUGCCCUGCUUUCUUCCACCUGCAGAUGAAGGACUGUUACCAGCAGUACAAAGAAUCCCCAAGAAGUUCUGAGAUGAGAGAAGGGGAGACAUGGUGGUGGCACUAGUGCUGUAGCGGGGGCUGCCGGAGGCACUGUCUAUAGGUAAUAUUGUCCCCAAGCAGCGCUAAGGUGUCAGAG